CUGACCACGAUCAUCACAAUUGGGCUCGAACUGCCAACACAAGGACCCUUCAACAUCGACGCCCUCCAAUGAUUUGAUAUCCUGUUCAUGUGGAUGGGGUCGUGGCUGUCCUUUUCUGAAGGCACGAAGAUGGUGGUUGCGAGACAGAGUACUUUCCAGGCUGAUUGAUUGGACCGGAACAUGAAAGCCAGAUUGCCAUCCUAACGGUUUGAAACCCAUCGCUCAGUGCAUGCGACCCGAGAACUCGGAGACCCUAGUCCUAUAGUCGUUUCCCCUUGUAUGCACAAGGUAAAUGUGCUGGUUCCAAUCCUUCCUGGGACUACUGGAAAUGCACAUGUGCAUAUGGCAUGUGCUUGGACACUGCUGUCGUACGAAAAGAAUAGCUAUGGACUAGACAGCAUCCUGUUGCUCAGUGCGAUGUCGCUCACUACUUCACAUUCUGGCAGCCCAAAGAUACUUGGAUUGAUGGAAGCUCCCUUACUCUCCUCGGCCGAGGAUCUUCUCCAUGAAGAACACGAACAGUCUUCCAGGGACCUCUGGACAGCUCUCAGCAUAGGUGGUCUCUUAUCGUCUUCGUAUUUUUGGCGAACAUACGGACUUGGUUCCUCGUCGGCACCACUCAAGGCGCCCGCAACUGCGCAGCCCAUUUCUAACGCCGAGUUCCUGAAUUCGCAAAACAUCCAACCAGGUGUGCCAUCGUCAUCGGAUGUCGUGGUUGUAGGUGGCGGGAUUCACUCGCUUAUAUACGCUAUUCAUCUUCGCCUCCGCUCCCAGUCUCUCUUUGCUAGCGACCCGACACUCCAUGUGCCAUCCAUCACCGUGCUCGAGCGACUUCAGUCGCCAGGCUACAAAAUCGGCGAAUCGACACUCACGACCUUCGGUGUAUGGCUCAAGUCUGUCGGCAUCAGCACGUCAGUCUUGUGGCGGCUAUUCGGUGCGAAGGAUGGCCUCGCCUUUUACUACCUUCCGCAAGACGGCUCCUGGGAUGGAGUCACUUCGUUCUGUGCCAAUGGCCCAAGCGGUGACUUUGUAGCCACGUUGCAGAUCGAGCGCAAGAUCAGCGAGCUGAUGUUGACGCUUUACGCACAGCGAUUGGGGGUGAAGGUCCUCCACGGCACGAGCGUCGAUGUUCCUGGGACGCCAAUAAGUAGUGACCCAAUCUUGCCGCGACUUGCAAAAGUACGCGAAGCAUCGAGCUCGAGUGACCCGGCUACGGUGUCAAUAUCGAAUCCCGAAGCCUCACCUUCCCGUACCGAGCCUAGGAUUGGACAUGUGAAGUUGACGAAUGGUCUAAAUAUUAAGACGAAGCUUCUGGUUGAUGCAACGGGCCGGUUUCGUCGCUUUGCCUCGAAAAAGAGUCACUCGAAACGGUUCGAGGGAUUCAACACGGACUCUGUCUGGGCAUACUUUGAGAUGACGGGCGACGAAUCAGGUCUGCCGUUUGACAAUUACGAGAGUUGCCACACGAAUCAUAUCUGCCUCACUGAAGGCUGGGCGUGGCUCAUUCGGCUUCCUACGUGGGAGGGUAGUUCAAUACCCAAUCUAACGGCUAUGAUCAAUCAUCUGUUGGACCUCAAUCAGGUUAACACUCCUUCCGACUCAUAUCCAUCAAUGGAAGAGCUAGCUCGUAUGUUCAACUGCAAGGUUCGUUGGGUCACGAGCAUCGGAUACGCGCUUCGUAGCGACGUUGUCUACCCUCCUACUGAGGCACUAGCAAAAUUCGGUGCUUGCGAAGCAGAGAGAAAGUUCAAUUGGAUCACAGCCAAGUACCCGCGCAUGCAAGCAUACAUGGAUCGCCAUCGCCUUGUCAGGGACUUGUAUGGGGAGAAUUCGACAUGGUUCAUUCGCAAGCAACUUACAUACAGCACGCCCAUCGUAUCCGGUAUAGCAAAUAAUACUGAAGACGAUACAGACAUGGCGUGGGCAGCUAUCGGUGAUGCGGCUGGAUUCACUAAUCCACUCUACUCUCCAGGUAUCAACUGCAACAUGGCUACCAGCGUGUUCCUGGCCGAAAAGACACCUUACAUCCUUUCGAGAGGCACCUUGGAGAAGGAGAGGACAUUGGAUCAAUACAACACGUUCUGUUCGGACAGGGUGGCCAAUCUGCACCGCAUGAACAAGUACAACUACGUGCUUAUGCAGUCGCCUCGGACCGGACCUUUAGGGCCACUUUGGCAGUAUCUUUCUGGGACAGGAAAUGCCUUGUGGCGCAGAUCAUCAGAAUUUGUGUCUGUCGAUCGGGUCGCAGAGUUCGUAACUACGUGGGAAUGGGGGUCGCAGCAUCCAGAAUACACCAUGUUUGCAAACGAAGCGAUACGACUUCUGGGAAAUCGCUUGAGCGACGGACCACCUGAGGAGGCACGAGUGGAGGAAGUGCUGCGGCUUUCAGAGGAGAUGAUGGCUCAGGCCAAGAAGAGCGGCAAGUAUGUAAAUCGCUGGGCGGGGCUAUUUAGUUGGUACGAUGACGAGUUGAGGUUUGAUGCGAGCAAGAAAGGAAGGGACAAGCUUGCAGUGCGUUGUGAGGGAUGUGGGAACUGGCGCAUACUAACAGGCGUCUCGAAAAGAUGCUGCACUUGUGGAAUCGUAUGUAAAGAGGUCGAAAUUGUCAGGUAUCAGGAUGCACCAGGUUGCAAAUGAAUGCAGCAUUUCGAUGGCCGCAAUACCAAUUAUUCUCACCGCGCUAUACUUCGUAUAUAUCAAGCAAAAUCCAGCUUUCUAUCAGACAUUACA